CAAAUACAAUUACAACUUUUUAUUUGUUUUUUUUUUAAUUCAAAAUGGGAUCUUCUUCUCAUUAUCAUUAUCACCGAGAGGAUGAUGAUGAUGAAUUUGAAACUAUGGUAGAAGAAUUUUUACAAAUUCCAGAUACUACUCCUGAACCGAGAAGACGAAAAAAACGUAUCCAUAUUGAGAGAAACCGAGAAGAAGGCCACAUGAAGCUUUGGAAUGAUUAUUUUAGCGACACUCCGACAUUCCCGCACAAUAUAUUCCGGAGACGGUUUCGGAUGAACAAGACAUUGUUCAUGGGUAUUGUGCAUCGUCUCUCGCAAGAAAUUGAGUAUUUUCAACCAAAAGAAGACGCAGCCGGACGGUCUAGCCUAUCUCCGCUCCAAAAAUGUACCGCAGCACUUCGGCAAUUGGCGUAUGGUGGUGCGGCUGAUGCCGUUGACGAAUAUAUCCGGAUGGGUGAAACAACAGCUAGAAAUUGUCUGCACCAUUUUACCGCCGGAAUAAUUCAGUUGUUUGGCGAUUACUACCUAAGACGUCCAACACCGGAGGAUCUGCAAAGGCUACUAUAUAUUGGACAACAACGUGGAUUCCCAGGAAUGAUUGGAAGCAUCGACUGUAUGCAUUGGGAGUGGAAGAAUUGCCCAGCCGCUUGGAAAGGAAUGUAUUCACGAGGAACCGGAAAACCCACAAUUGUGUUGGAGGCGGUAGCUUCACAAGACCUCUGGAUAUGGCACGCAUUUUUUGGAGCUCCAGGUACUAUGAACGAUCUUAAUAUACUUGAUAGAUCACCUGUUUUUGAUGACAUUAUUAACGGGCACGCUCCGGAAGUCAAUUUCCAUGUCAACGGAAGGGAGUACGAUUUGGCUUACUAUCUCGCCGAUGGUAUUUAUCCGAAAUGGGCUACUUUUAUUCAAUCUAUCCGACUCCCACAAGGUCCAAAACAUUGUUUAUUUGCUAAACACCAAGAAUUUGUGCGUAAAGAUGUUGAGCGUGCCUUCGGAGUCCUGCAAGCUAGAUUCGCGGUUGUUAGAAAUCCGUCUAAUUUAUGGGAUAAAAACAAAAUAGGAAAUAUUAUGAGAGCAUGUAUCAUACUCCAUAAUAUGAUUGUCGAAGAUGAACGAGAUUCCUACGGAAACGCAUCAGUAUUUGAACAAGGAGAAGAUGAGGAUCCCACUUUUGUAGUCAGACGACCUACAAAUCUCGGUGCUACAUUGGGACGUCGAGCAGAUGUUCGGGAUACACCAGGCCAUCACCAAUUAAAAGCAGAUUUGGUUGAAAAUAUAUGGGAUAAAUUUGGACAUCUCCCAAUGUAAUUUUAAAGUUUCUAUGAAUUGCAUAAAAUAUGUGUUUGCUUUUAAUUCUCUAUGUAUGUUUUCAAUAAUUUGUGUGUUAUAUUAAAUAUGUAAAAUAGAAAUAAGUUUUAUCUUAUAUAUAUGUUACUAAUUAUUUAAAAAAAAAAAUCCUAAGGACCAAGAUUAAGUCCCACCAAUAAUCAUCAUUUCAACACAAAGUCCUUACAAAUGUCCUAAGCUUAAAAUAACAAUAAAAAAUCAUAAGGACACCAUUCUAAGGACAAUGGAUAAU